AUGCUCAUUUCUUUUCGUGGUAUGCUGUUGGUCAUUGUCAUUCUCUUACACAGCUGGAUUCUGUUUAAUAUUGUGUACAUGUGGCCGAUCCUUUUACUUACAACACUCAAACGCCUUACCAAUGAUAGAGCCGUUAGACCGCUAUUUUCCGUCUUGAAUCAGCUUAGUAAUUAUAUAAAGUGGAUUUGGUUUAUGUUUCUCACCUUUCUAUUUGAGACAAUAUUAGGGAUCCGCUUCGCGUACACCGUUGUCGACGACUAUGGGGAAAAGCAUAUGAAAUCGCACUUCUUGACAGCGUAUGAUCGCGGCAAAGGAAUUGAGGUUCACCCAGAUCUUGACAAGAUUUUCUCGCCUCCAUCAAAGUCAGGGAAGGUGAAGAUUAUUUUACUGAACCACCACAGCCGCGUUGAUUGGCUCUACUUUGCGAUUUUCCUCAUCCGUAGCCGAGCUUUUUGGACGCUGCGCUUUAUCUUGAAGAAUGAUCUCAGACACAUUCCGGUCAUGGGUUGGUGCAUGGAGGUGUUUGGGUUUAUGUUUCUUUCACGCUCAUGGGAGUCCGACAAGGCGUAUCUUCAGAACAUGAUAAACUACAACAAGACGAUGAAUGAGGCGUGUACACUGGUUAUUUUUCCUGAAGGAACCGAUCUUUCACGGAGCAACAUUGAAAGGUCUCAAGCGUUUGCAAGAGUUAAGGGUAUGCCGACUUUUCAUCACGUAUUGAACCCCCGGACGACGGGUUUGAUAGGGAUCAAGAAUAUGAUCGGACCAGAAAACAUCGAAGAGAUUGUUGACUGCACGAUUGGGUACACCUACAGCGCACCCCGCCGGCGGCCGAACGAGGCAUCCCUAGUUGACGGCUCGCAUUCCCGUAAGGUUCACCUUCUCGUUCGCAGCCAUGCUUUUCGAUUUCCUACCACGAAGCCAAACAUUGAUGUGGGUAGCGGCACAUUGGUGCCCAUCGAUGAUGACAAGUUCUGUGGGUGGAUCCACGACCGCUUCGCUGAGAAGGAGCAGCUCUUAUCGCGCUUCUAUCGCAACAGCCCCAUUGGGUAUGACGCUGCAGAUGUGAGAGAGGUGUAUGGUGAACAUUGCGCUGUUGAGAGCUACGACUGUGAUGAAUAUCAUGCUAACACAGCAACAUCGUUGUGCUCAUUUUCCCUAUUUCUUCGUGAGAUUAGGAGAAAGAAUUCGAAGAUCUGGUGGGUACGUUUUGUGAAUAGUAUGUUCUAUUGUUUCUUAUCUAUCUUUAGUUUGUGGUACGUUGGAUGGUAUAUUCUUCUACUCUACUGCGCGAUCGCAACUAUUGUCUUUAUAGUGUUUCUGAGAGCAGUGAAGAACCUACAGCAGGCUUUGUUUCUUUAA